CGAUUCGCUUGUAAACAAAGAACUCGCGAACGGGAAAGGAAAAAAAGUCGACCUUAAAAUUGGUGAAGAAAUCAAGUAAAACCUUCGCAAUUAGAAACCGUUCCUGAAUUGUGCGAUGGAGCACGAUGAAUUUAGCUUGGAGUACUUUUGCAGACUGUGCGCCUCUGAGGGGGUGGUUAUACAUCCACUCUUCCCACCCGGGGACGACGACCCGAAAGACGAACUUGUCCGGAUGAUCGAUGUACUGACCUCGGUGACACUGACGCGAACUCAGGAUUCCUGUGCGGUAAUCUGCGACAAGUGCCUCCAGAUGUUGGAUUUGUUCUGCCAGUUCCGCGAAGAAUGCCUCCGACAGGAUGUUAUGAUUCGGACACGACGCGUACUUACUAAAGAUCGCCUGGAGGAAGAACGACGAUUGCUUAUCCAGCAACAGCUAGCUGAACGUCAACAGACUGUGGUGGAAAUUAAGGAAGAAGAUCCACCAGAACCACCAACCAUUGUGAUAGAUGACUGCAAGGAAGAACAGCAGGAGGAGGAUGACGGCGACGAAGAACCACAAAUUACUGCAGAGGCAGUGCUCCAAUCUAGUCUUAUAGCCAGCAACAGCAAUUUCCAGUCGCCAGCAGAGAUUUCACUUUACUCGCAGACAAGCAAUCUAUCGAUUUCGGUGCAGGUCAACCAGAUUUCACUAAACGGUACCGGGUCGACUAAUGCAGCCAGUUCAGCUGUGAUCAGUGAACCUACCGGUUCGGAGGCACGCCCUCAAAAACCAGUGUUUCGUAAGGGUAAACUAGAUCCUAACAAACCACCUCCGGACUGUGACACGUGUCAAGAGAGCUUUAGCACCCACUACGACUACGAACAGCACAUGGACACCGUACACGCGUGGGAUCGCGGCACACGAUGCUCUCUGGCGUGCGACCCGUGCCAGAUGCGGUUCACCAAAUCCUACAAUCUCAAGCGUCACAUGUAUGAAGUGCACGGCGAGCUGGCUCCCGGACUGACGGUCACGGCGUGCGAAUACUGCGGGGUGCGGUUCCUACGCGGCUACACACUGAAUCGGCACAUUGCCAAGAUGCACAGCAAGCGGAAAGCGAAGAAGGCAAUGCUACUGAAAAGCAAGUGAGAACGGCGGCAUGACUCCGGUUAGGAAUAAGGACACAGAACUGAGCGAUAUGUCGGGGGUGGGGAGUGGGGAUAGGAGCAAGAUAUCACGAAUGUGGCCAUAUUUGGAUUAAUUGCGAGGAAAUUUUGCCGAUGGCAGUGCGGAACUUCGGACCGCGUGAGGCGAGCUGAGUGCCAAGUUGGAUUUUUUUUUAUUUGGAAGAGACUGAAGAAGCGCAGCCAUCAAACAAAAUCAGUUCAUCAGGAAUGUGUGACGCGCAGUGCGCGAAACGCUUUUAUGCUAUUGUUUUAGUAAUGUCCUCGAGUGAGGCAGUUUUUAAUGUUUUUUAUUUCUUUAUUAUUCUUCUGUUCAAGAUUAGCGAAAAAUGUACUAAAUUAUGAAAGAGCUUUCUAUGCCUUGGUAGAUAUGAAAACGCAUAUUUGAUGGAAAACAGAGAAAUAUGCUAUUGUUUCUCAGACAAGUAUUUCAAAUUUAGUAAACCUGCAU